CUGCGACGCUGUUGGAGACCAAGUCUGUGAUUUGACAUAUUAAGCCAAGAUAAUUCUCCUCGGACUGUCGUUGUGAGGAUCGUGGAGCAUCACUUCUGAGGAUACUUGCUCCAGGUUGGUAUCUCGAACGGUCAAACCCUUCACAAGACGACAGCAGCCUAUAUAACAUGAAGUCAUUCACAACCCUGGCAGUCGCCACCCUCGUCUCCUCUGUCUAUGGACAUGGAUAUCUGACGAUCCCGUUCAGUCGCACUCGCCUCGGUGCUGAGGCCGGCAUAGAUUCCUGCCCCGAGUGCACCAUCCGGGAGCCCGUCUCCGCAUGGCCGGAUCUGACGGCCGCCACCGUUGGCCGUAGCGGACCCUGCGGCUACAACGCUCGCGUCAGCGUCGAUUACAACCAGCCCGGAAGCAGCUGGGGUAGCAAUGUAGUCGCGACCUACACUCGCGGCCAGACCGUCGACGUCCAGUGGUGCGUCGACAACAACGGUGACCACGGCGGCAUGUUCAGCUACCGCAUCUGCCAGGACCAGUCCAUCGUCGACAACUUCAUCACCCCCGGAUACCUCCCCAUCGACGACGAGAAGCAGGCCGCCGAGAACUGCUUCCAUGCCGGCACGCUCAAGUGCACCGACGUCUCGGGACAGAGCUGCGACUACAGCCCUGACUGCACUUCCGGCCAGGCGUGCUGGCGGAACGACUGGUUCACCUGCAACGCGUUCCAAGCGAGUAGCCGACGCGGUUGCCAGGGCGUCGACAAUAACGCGCUGGGGUCGUGCUACACCUCCAUCGCCGGCGGCUACACCGUCACCAAGAAGAUCAAGAUCCCCGACUACGUCUCGAACCAUACCCUGCUGUCGCUGCGCUGGAACUCGUUCCAAACGGGUCAGGUGUACUUGACGUGCGCCGACAUCGCCAUCGGUGGAGGGGGCAGCACCUCGCCGUCCUCUACAUGCACGACGAGCGCUGCAGCGACGGCUACGAGCGGCACUUGCGCUAUCGCCAGUAACGUGGCCGUCACGUUCAACGAGAUUGUCGCGAGCUCAAUUGCUGCGCUGGGCAACUGGAACGCGGCGUCGGCUCCGGCGCUUUCGGCGGCGCAGUACACCAGCUCGAACAACCUGUGGACCUACACUGUCUCGCUGCCGGCCGGAACGACCUUUGAGUACAAGUUCAUCAAUGUGGCGUCGGAUGGAACUGCGACGUGGGAGAGUGACCCGAACAGAUCCUACACUGUGCCCCAAAGCUGCUCCACUGCGGUGACGGUCAGUACCAGCUGGAAGUAG